AUGGCUUUCUUCUACAUCUUUUUCUUUUUAGCUUUGCUAAUCUUCACUUUACUUGUCAAAAAUAUAAGAACCACAAAUGAAAUCUCCAAAUUUAACCCCCCACCAAGUCCACCAUCAUUACCCAUCAUAGGCCACCUUCACCUUAUAGGCUCAAUCAUACCAAAAUCAUUCCAAAAACUUUCUCAACGCUAUGGCCCUUUAAUUCAUCUCAAACUAGGUGCCUCGACUUCUAUAAUUGUCUCCAAUGCACAAGUUGCAAAACAAGUCAUGAAAACACAUGACCUUAACUUUUGUUACCGACCCCAAUUUGGAUCCUCUCAUGAUUUUUUAUACAAAGGAUCAUAUUUCAUCACUGCUCCAUAUGGUCCUUAUUGGAGAUUCAUGAAAAAGUUGUGUGUUACUAAAUUACUCUCUAGCUCACAACUUGGUCGUUUUUUGCAUAUUAGAGAGCAAGAAUUAGAGAUUCUCAUGAAAUCUUUUGUGGUUUGUUCUAAUGAAAAUAGGUCAACGGAUUUGUGUUUGGAUUUCACUAUUUUUAGUAAUAAUAUUUUGUGUCGUAUGGCAAUGGGAACAACUUUAUUUGACAAAGAUAUUAUUAGAUGUUUAGUCAGGGAGUUUAUGCAUGUAGGAGCAAAAUUGAGUAUGGGUGAAGUGUUUGGGCCUUUGGGAAAGUUGGAUUUGUUUGGGUAUGGGAAAAAGCUUAGAAAAAUAGUUGGUGAAUUUGAUCAUAUUUUGGAAAUUUUCUUGAAGGAACAUGAAGAGAGAAACAUUGAGGAUUGUCAAGGAGACAUGAUGGAUGUUUUAUUAGAAGUGUAUAGGAAUCCAAAUGCUGAAGUGAGGUUAACAAGGAAUGAUAUCAAAGCCUUCUUCUUAGACAUUUUCUUGGCUGGAACAGACACAUCUUCAGUGACAAUGCAAUGGGCCAUGGCAGAGAUGAUAAACAACCCAAAUAUCCUAAGGAAAUUAAGGGCUGAGAUUAAAUCUGUAGUGGGACCUACCAAAUUAGUCAGAGAGUCAGAUGUUUCAAAAAUGCCUUACCUACAAGCUUGUGUAAAAGAAGUAUUAAGACUUCAUCCAUCUGCACCGUUCGCUCUUAGACAAUCAGCAGAGGAUUGCAAAAUCAACGGCUACGAUGUAAAGGCACAAACAAGGACAUUGAUUAAUGUUUAUGCCAUUAUGAGAGACCCACAAUCAUGGGUCAAUCCUGAAGAGUAUAUACCUGAAAGAUUCUUAGAUAGUGCCGAUGAGAUCAACGGUGGAGAUGAACAUGUGAGUAAGAUGGACGGUGGGGAUGAUUUUAGGUUUAUUCCAUUUGGGUUUGGGAGGAGGGGUUGUCCUGGGUCUUCACUUGCUUUGAGGGUUAUAGAAGUAACAAUUGCUGCAUUGGUUCAAUGUUUUGAGUGGGAAGUUAAAGGUGGAGGUAAAGUUGAUUUGGAAGAAGGUUCAUCGUUUUCUGUGGGAUUAGCAAAACCGCUAGUUUGUUACCCUGUUACUUGUUUUAAUCCUUUUGAAGUUUGUGAUUAG